GACGCGCCGACGUAAAACGGAAAUGAGUAGCAGCAAUUCUUUCUAGAAAGUACAGUCAGCCCGUUAGCCGAUGCUAGCUAGCUCAAUCUUAGUCUGUGUCGGCUGAGCACCGCCCGUCGCUGCACCGACCCACGACCACACAUCCUGUAGAAAGUGAAGCUUUCGUCCGAGGGCUGCUUUUCCGACUGAAUCUCCGGUGGAGGUCGGGUUUGCCCAAGAAGUCACAUUCCGAGCUAACGCCGCUUGUGCUGUGUUGUCGCUGGCAUCAUGUCCAGGAUAGACUACAGUGUGUGGGACCACAUCGAGGUGUCGGACGAUGAAGAUGACACCCACCCGAACAUCGACACACCCAGUCUCUUCAGAUGGAGACACCAGGCUCGGGUGGAGCGAAUGGAAGAGUACCAGAGCAAACAGGAAGAAUUAAACAAGGUAGCCGCGGAGAGCAAACGCAAGCUUGCAGAGGCCCAGAAGAAAGUCCAGGAGCUGAACCUCACAGAAACAGACGAUGCCAAAGCAGAGCUGAACAAAGCCCAGGCGGAGGAGAAGAAGCUGAAAAAGGAGGCGCGGGAGUGGGAGAAGAAGAGGGAUGAGCACAUCCGGGACGAGAAGAAGAUGCCAUGGAACGUGGACACGCUCAGCAAGGAGGGUUUCAGCAAGAGCGUUGUUAAUGUCAUACCGGACGCGACUGAAGCGACUGAAGAGGAGAAAGAGCAAAAGCAUAAAACCUUUGUGGAGAAAAAUGAAAAGCAGAUCAAACAUUUUGGCAUGAUGCGACGCUGGGAUGACAGCCAGAAGUACCUCUCUGACAACUCUCAUCUUGUAUGUGAGGAGACUGCUAACUACUUGGUCAUCAUGUGCAUUGACCUUGAAGUUGAGGAGAAACAUGCAUUGAUGGAGCAAGUGGCUCAUCAGACCAUCGUCAUGCAGUUCAUUCUAGAGUUGGCCAAAAGCCUCAAGGUGGAUCCCCGCGGGUGCUUCCGUCAAUUUUUCGCCAAGAUUAAGACCGCAGAUCAGCAGUACCAGGAUGCUUUUAAUGAUGAGCUGGAGUCAUUUAAGGAGCGAGUUCGCAGUAGGGCAAAGAUCCGCAUAGAAAAGGCCAUGAGGGAGUAUGAGGAAGAGGAACGUCAAAAGCGCCUUGGGCCAGGAGGGCUAGAUCCUGUUGAAGUGUACGAGUCCCUGCCAGAAGAGAUGCAGAAAUGUUUUGACUCGAAGGACAUCCAGAUGUUACAAGAUGUUAUUAGCAAAAUGGACCCAACGGAGGCGAAGGGUAUCAUGAAGAAGUGCAUAGAAUCGGGGCUCUGGGUCCCCAACUCCAAGACAGACGAUGGGGAUGAAAAAGAGGAGGAUGCCACCUAUGAGGAGGUGAAACAGGAGCAGGAAGAGGCUAAGAAGGAAUGAUCAAUGUUGAUGUUAUGAUUUGUUGCUCUUGCAAAUGUUCUUACCGACUGUAUUGCAGCUCCGUUAUUUGUAUGACUAGUUUGCCAACCAAGGAUCAAUGGAAUUUCUUCUCUAUAUAUUAAGAUGAGUUUUAAGGGAUUAAGUGUUCGGUGAACAUCAGUAACUCCUGCUUGGAAAAUAAACUGCUGCUUGUGUUUAGGUCUUUUAUUUGUUUGGACUUCGCUAAAAUUUUUAUUCUUACAUUUAUGUGUCUACACCUGUUGAUUUUUCUAACUGCUUCAUCAGUUUUAGUUGGAAAACAUUCAAUAUACAUUUUCAGGGGCUUGUACUUCAAACAGGAUUUGUAGUUUACGAGGGAACUUCAGUUUUAAUAGUAGUUUUUUUUUUCUGUGUAAUGAAGCUAGUUCACUUCAGACAGGGGUAAAUCAAUUGGUAACCUAAGCUGUCCCGUCUGAUCUUCUCUGGAGCAGAUUAAGUCUGAGAUCACUAGAAAACCAAAGGCUUCAUUCUAAAGGAUCCUGAAAGGGACCAAAGAGUUUACAAUCAAGGGUAACAUUAUAAAGAGCAAUGCAUCGACUCAUCGAUUUGAAUCAUCUUACUGAUCCAGACUUUAUUCGUGUCCACUCUGGUUUUAAUACGGCUUCUAACAGGGAGUUUAUCACACUGAAUUAUGAUCAUGACUAUUACAGCUUCAUUUUAACUCAGCAAAAAUAAAAAUGUUUGAUUCCUGUCA